AUGGAUUCAUUAGUACCGGAGACCAGAGUUCUGGCUGUUGCCAGCCACGUGGUUUACGGCCAUGUCGGAAACACAAUGGCUACUUUCGUCAUGCAAUCCCUGGGCUGUGAAGUCGCUGCAUUGAACACCGUCCACUUCAGUAAUCACACAGGCUACCGCCAAUCUAAGGGAACUCGUGCCACCGCGCAGGAAAUUUCAGAUCUCUACCAGGGCCUGUGUCAAAGUAAUCUCACAGACUUUGAUGUCAUGCUAUCGGGCUACGCCCCGAGUGCAGCAGCCGUGGAGUCAGUAGGCACUAUCGGCAUUGACCUGCAAGAGAAGGCAGAGAAGAAUCCCGGGUCGUUUUUCUGGGUCCUGGACCCAGUCAUGGGCGAUCAAGGCCGGCUAUAUGUCAAUAACGAUGUAGUCCCCGCUUACAAGAAAAUCAUUCCCUUUGCGGAUCUGAUUUUGCCUAACCAGUUCGAAGCCGAAACUCUCUCCGGCAUCAAGAUUACCUCACUAGCCACCCUCGCUUCAGCGAUAACAGCCAUCCACAAGAUAUACUCCGUGCCGCACGUGAUAAUCACUUCAGUGCAACUGUUUAAGCUUUCGCAAUCAGGCUCAACCCCACCGCCACCAGAGAACUUCCUAACAGUGAUCGGCUCAACCACCCGCUCUGACGGGUCCCCGCGACUCUUCCGCAUCGACGUACCCGCGCUGGACUGCUUCUUCAGCGGGACGGGCGACAUGUUCGCGGCUCUGACCGUCGCGCGUCUAAGCGAAGCCGUUUCCGCGGUGGAUGGUCUCCGCACGACCAAGUCGUGGUUGUCGCCUGACGAUGUUGCAGCUAGGGAUCUCCCGCUGGCUAAAGCGACUGUUAAGGUUCUGUCAAGUAUGCACAGUAUUUUGGAGCGGACGCUGGAGAGCCGUGAUGCGGAACUGGCAGCUGCUGUGCCUGCGCUGGAGGAAGAGGCUUCGGCGGAGGAAUUGGAAAAGAGAGAUUAUUUGCGUAGGACUAAGGCUGCUGAGGUUAGACUGGUGAGGAAUACGCAGUUUUUGCGGGAUCCGAAGAUUAUGUUUGAGGUGUUGGAUUGGAAAAAGGAGGAUCUCCCUGCGGAUCUGCGGUAG